UUUACAUCUCACAUCCCCACCGUCACCGGCCAGCCAGGCCCUCGCCGCUCCCCCACACGCUAGCACCACCUCUAUAUCUCGCCCUCUUCCUUCUCCCCACCCACCACUCCCCUCCCUCCUCCUAGUACGCUCCUCGCUGCCUGUCCGCCUGCCGCCGUCACCUUUUCGCCUCCGCCGGGUCUCCUUGCUUCAGACCAUAACGUAAAUGGCUGACGGAGAGGACAUUCAGCCUCUUGUCUGUGACAAUGGAACUGGAAUGGUCAAGGCUGGCUUUGCCGGAGAUGAUGCUCCACGUGCUGUUUUCCCUAGUAUUGUUGGCCGUCCGCGCCACACUGGAGUUAUGGUAGGGAUGGGACAGAAGGAUGCUUAUGUUGGUGAUGAGGCCCAAUCCAAGAGGGGUAUCCUGACUUUGAAAUACCCCAUUGAGCAUGGAAUCGUGAGCAACUGGGAUGAUAUGGAGAAGAUUUGGCAUCACACCUUCUACAAUGAGCUCCGUGUAGCACCGGAAGAGCAUCCUGUUCUUCUUACAGAGGCUCCUCUUAACCCGAAGGCCAACAGAGAGAAGAUGACACAGAUCAUGUUCGAGACAUUCAGUGUUCCUGCCAUGUAUGUCGCUAUUCAAGCCGUCCUUUCCCUAUAUGCAAGUGGGCGUACCACUGGUAUUGUCUUGGAUUCUGGAGAUGGUGUCAGUCACACAGUCCCAAUCUAUGAAGGUUAUGCCCUUCCACAUGCUAUCCUUCGUCUUGAUCUUGCUGGUAGGGAUCUCACUGAUUCCCUCAUGAAGAUCCUGACUGAGAGGGGGUAUUCUUUCACAACCACCGCUGAGCGGGAAAUUGUUCGUGACAUCAAGGAGAAGCUUGCAUAUGUUGCUCUUGACUACGAGCAGGAGCUGGAGACUGCAAAGAGUAGCUCGUCAGUCGAGAAGAGCUACGAGCUGCCUGAUGGGCAAGUGAUCACUAUAGGCGCAGAGCGCUUCAGAUGCCCGGAGGUCCUCUUCCAGCCUUCCAUCAUCGGCAUGGAAGCUCCUGGCAUCCACGAGACGACCUACAAUUCUAUCAUGAAGUGCGACGUGGAUAUCAGAAAGGAUCUGUAUGGCAACAUUGUCCUCAGUGGUGGAUCCACCAUGUUCCCUGGUAUCGCUGACCGGAUGAGCAAGGAGAUCACAGCUCUCGCCCCAAGCAGUAUGAAGAUCAAGGUUGUCGCUCCACCAGAGAGGAAGUACAGUGUCUGGAUAGGAGGGUCUAUCCUUGCAUCUCUGAGCACAUUCCAGCAGAUGUGGAUCUCCAGGACAGAAUACGAAGAGUCUGGUCCAGCCAUUGUUCACAGGAAGUGCUUCUAGAGAGCUGUCGCCUAGUCUUAUCCUCCGUGAACACUCUUGUAGUAGGCAUUAUUAGCUGGUUGUUUCUUGGACAAAUAUUGGUCUGAUGGCUUGUCUAUGGGUGUAUCUACUCUGUCAUGCUUGUAGUUUGAUUUCGUGGAUUUAUAUUGGAUUCUACCGACUUUAUUGCUGAUUCA